AUGUGCUGUCAUGACCGAAGCACCCUGCCAUCAACAAAAAUACUGAACAAUUUGAUCACUUAUAUAUUUCAGGAAGAUGACGAUCCGGGGAAACUUAUUAAGCCUCCAGAUCAAUUGGAACUCACGGAAGCUGAGCUGAAAGAGGAAAUAACAAGGACUCUGACAGCAAAAAAUCCACAUGCCCCGCAAAAUCUUGCCCACUACAAAUUUCAUGAAGCUGCUUACAAGCUGACCACGGCUGUAAAUCACUUGGCGGUUCACUUUGUCUUGGAGGGCUGUCUCGAACAUCAAGACAUUGAUGAAACUCGUGUGACAACCCCUGAGGAACUCACCGAAGACGCAACGGGAGAGGAAGGAGAAGAUUCUGCUGAUGAGGAAGGAUCUGGCGAUGGCGAUGCGGAUGGCGAUGGAGGCGAGGAAGAGGAGGCCGUAGAAGACGACAUACCAGCAGAGCCAAAAGUUACAAACCAGUUCAACUUUAUCGAAAGAGCCUCUCAAACCCUCAAUAAUCCACUGCAGGGUCGAAGUAUCCAAACUAUUCCUCCUCCACGCCGCAACUACAUUGCAAACGCUUGCCAGUGGGACAUAUAUGACGUUUACAUGGAAGAGCUGCAGAAAAGAAAAAACAAUAAGGACUAUGACAUACACAAAAAGAUACUCAUUGAGACACCGAGUGAUGACAUCACCCAAGUAGCCAAAUCAGCCAUGCUAUUAGAGCGGAUGGUCAACCAGAACACAUUUAAUGAAGUAGCACAAGAUUUCAAAUACUUUGAGGAUGCGGCUGAUGAAUUUAGGGAGCAGGAGGGUACUGUUCUCCCACUGUGGAAGUUCCAGUAUAACAAAGCCAGAAUGAUGUGCGUCACUGCCUUCUGCUGGAAUUUCGUGUAUCCAGAUUUUUUCGGUGUGGGACUGGGAUCAUAUGACUUCAGCAAACAAGGCCGCGGGAUGCUCCUCUUCUACACGUUGAAGAAUUCUACCUACCCCGAGUACAUCUUCCCGACAGGGUCUGGGGUCAUGACCCUCGAUAUCCAUAAGCAGCAUUCCUACCUUGUGGCAGUCGGUUUCCAUGAUGGAUGCGUGUGUGUGUACAACUUGAAAAACAAAGGACAGGACCCUCAGUACAAGAGCACCGUUAACAAUGGCAUGCACACUGACCCCGUGUGGCAGGUUCGCUGGCAGAAUGACAAGAGCCUCCAUUUUUAUUCAGUGUCUUCGGAUGGCCGAGUUGUGUUAUGGACGCUCAGAAAGAACGAGCUUGUCUUCACCGAUGCUAUCAGACUAGCACUAGAUUAUACUGUGUCUGAUGGGCUAGAAGGCAUUCAGGAUCUUACCAACGCUAGUGGCACAGCCUUUGACUUUCACCCACAGAUUGACGAUCUCUUCAUAGUUGGCACUCAGGAAGGAAAAAUACACAAGUGCUCUAAAAAUUACUCAAGCCAGUACCUCAAGACAUACGAGGCUCACAACAUGGCAGUGGAUAGGGUGAAGUGGAAUCCUUACCACCCAAAGGUUUUCAUCUCCUGCAGUUCGGAUUGGACUGUGAAGAUCUGGGACCAGGAUUACAGCGUCCCAAUGUUCACAUUUGAAUUGAAUACACCAGUUGGCGAUGUGGACUGGGCGCCGUAUUCCUCUACUGUCUUUGCUGGUGUAACCACAAAUGGUUUGGUUCAUGUUUUUGACCUCGCCAUCAACAAGUAUCAGGCUAUCUGCCAGCAGCCGGUGGUAAAUAAAAAGAAGACUAAGCUGACUCACAUUGAGUUUAACCCUGUCGAUCCCGUCGUCAUAGUUGGUGAUGACAGAGGCGUUGUUAUCAGCCUCAAACUGUCUCCGAACCUCCGCAGAAAACCAAAGGGGAAGAAAGGUCGCGAUUUGGUUGAAGGCCCUGAGGCAGAAGUAGCGAAGAUGGAGAGGCUUCUAAGUCUGCUAAGAGAACUUGAGCCUUAACAGCACCGCAAAGCACAAUAAAGUAUUUCACAUGAAAACAAUUUGUAUAUUUUUUUAUUUGAUAUUUCUAAUUUCUCCCCAAUGGUAUAACUUCAGACUUAAGUUGCUGGUAUAGUGUAAUGUUAGUAAGGUCUCAUGUAAGCUCUUGUUAUUUCUGGAAAUGAUUUUGGCAGAAGAUGCAAUGCAGUGGCUUGCAGGGCUGUGUUAGUGACAUAACCUACCAGUGGAGGGCGCUCGCUCCCUUCAUCGAAGUGUACAGUAGGCCCCAGGGCCACGGUACAGUCGAGCUAUAAAAUAAAGGAUCACCUUUUAUUUAUUGCACUACCAUACUGUAUGCUGUGUCAUCAUAUUCAUUUUACAGUGCCAAUUCUUUUUUAAUACUGCAAAAUAUUCAUGUUUGACGCAUUUUGUGCCUGCAUUUUUUCCGCCACAGUUCAUUUGAUAGGAAAUGGCAGAAUUUUAUACAGACACAAUUUAGUGUAUUUCAUUUUGGAUUUUAUUUAUUUAUCUAUUUUGCACUCUUACAUUUGGUGUAAAAUAAACACAGUCAGAAAUGGUGUUAGCAAUCCAAUGGUCUGGGACUGCUUUGCUCCUUCAUGACCUGCUGGACAAUUUGCUGUGAUUACGUAGCAGAAAAGUGACCCGAAACAUAACCGCUGCAUUCUGCGCUGGUGACCUCGAUACCAAUCAUCAUCACAACUUUUAUACAAUUGCAUUCUGUUGUUGUCUUUUUGAAAGUCACCUCAAACACACAAAUAGAAGUUAUCAUUGGACAUAAUAGCUAAUCUUUUGCAGAUUAUUCACAUUUUUAGACACCAUCCAUCUGAUGUGUCAGGUUUGUGAGGGAUUAGUAAUUAGGAAUGCAUGACUCAGGGGCCACUCAUGCUGUCGAACUUGUCUGACAGCGUGGGUUACGCUUCUAUUCACUGACAGAAUGAGUCUGACUCUACGUGCCCAAUGAUUGAGGAGUGAUCAGCACAGGGUGUAGGCUGCUUUCCCUUUUUGGAAGUCAGUUGGGAUAGUUCCUCGCUUCCCGAGGAGGAUUGUAGAAAAUGGAUAGAUGGUGACUGGGGUGACCAGCUUGCAGUAAAACGGUUUUAUCGCUUCUUUUUGUCUUGAGGAAGAGAAGUGUUUAUUAUCAUGGGUUCUUAGCUUUGUUGUGUUUGUGUGUCUUAAAUAGAGAUCCAAAUCAUCACUAAUUGCAGUUUUCCCGAAAGACAUGCUCCGCUGUGCUGAACUUGUUUUGUCAGCCCUCUGCACUGCAAUGUGCUUGUUGGCCAUAACAACUGCUGCAGCAGGAUCCUGAUAUGGAGAUGGGGGAGGGCAGCACACAAACGGAAAGAGCAUGAGAAUCUGGCGAAGAGCACUUGGAUCCAUCCACGUGAACACACGGUGGUCAGUGAAACAUAAGCAAAAGCUGCAUGUUCAUUCAGAAGAGCCUGCUCGUGACGCUAUUUCCAUUUUACCGACUUCCUGAAAUAGCAUUCCAGACACUGGCAAUCAUCCGCUGCCGUAUUUCGAUU